CUUAUGGCUCUCCUGGGCCCUGGGUUGGCGGCCCCACUGUGCCUGUCACGGCAGCUCAGUGCCAGAGGUGACUACGUGCUGGGUGGGCUCUUUCCCCUGGGCACGGCUGCAGACACGGGGCUGGGGGUCAGGACCCAGCCCCAGGGCAUCCAGUGCACCAGGUUCUCUGCCGUGGGCCUGCUCUGGGCGCUGGCCGUGAAGAUGGCCGUGGAGGAGAUCAACAACAGCUCAGCCCUGCUUCCCGGGCUCCGUCUUGGCUACGACCUCCUGGACACCUGCUCAGAGCCCAUGGUUACCAUGAAGCCCAGCCUCAAGUUCCUGGCUGGAGUGGGCAGCUGCCGCGUGGCCGCACACUGUGAGUACAUACGCUACCGGCCCCGUGUGCUGGCUGUCAUCGGUCCUCACUCAUCGGAGCUGGCCCUCAUCACCGGCAAGUUCUUUGGCUUCUUCCUCAUGCCCCAGGUCAGCUACGGCGCCAGCACUGACCGACUGAGCCAACGCGAGUCCUUCCCGUCCUUCUUCCGCACGGUGCCGAGCGACCGCGAGCAGGCAGUGGCCAUGGUGGCUCUGCUGCGAGCACUGCACUGGAACUGGGUGGCCGCCCUGGGCAGUGAUGAUGAGUACGGCCGGCAGGGCCUGAGCCUCUUCUCCAGCCUGGCCAGCACACAGGGCAUCUGCGUGGCCCACGAGGGACUGGUGCCGCUGCCCGGCCCGGCCAGCACCCCGCAGCUGGGGCCCGUGCUGGACCUGCUCCACCGCGUGAACCAGAGCCGCGUGCAGGUGGUGGUGCUCUUCGCCUCACCCCUUGCCGCCCGCAGCCUCUUUACCCACAGCACGCAACAGAAGCUCUCGUCCAAGGUGUGGGUGGCCAGCGAGGCCUGGCUCACCUCGGACCAGGUCAUGUCGCUCCCGGACAUGGCCCGGGCAGGCACGGUGCUCGGCUUUCUGCAGCGGGGAGCGUCCGUGCCCGGGUUUCCUGCCUAUGUGCAGAGGCGCCUGGCCCUGGCCGCUGACCCCGCUUUCUGCUCCUCACUGGAGGCCGAGCAGUCGGGGCAGGAUGAGCAUGUACUGGGGCCACGCUGUCCCCAGUGUGACCACAUCUCUCUGGACGACGUGUCUGGGGGCAUGCCACCCCACAAGACUUUUGCUGCCUAUGCCGCCGUCUACGGCGUGGCCCAGGCGCUCCACGAUGCUUUAGGCUGCGGCCCCUCUGGCUGCCUCCGGGGGCCCCUGCGGCCGUGGCAGCUCCUGAAGAACUUGUACAACGUGAGCUUCCGUGCACAUGGCCUGGAGCUGAGCUUCGACGCCCAAGGGAACGUGGCCAUGGAGUACGACCUGAAACUGUGGGUGUGGGGAGCCCCAAGGCCCGAGCUGCGCACCGUGGGUCACUUCGAUGGCCGCCUGCGGCUGCGGCGCAACCAGAUGCGCUGGCAUACGCCAGGGAACCAGUGCUCGCCGCAGUGCGAGGAGGGCCAGGUACGCCGUGUGAAGGGUUUCCACUCCUGCUGCUACGACUGCGUGGACUGCCCAGCUGGCAGCUACCAGCACAGCCCCGGUGACACCCUCUGCAGGCGCUGUGCCCCUGACCAGUGGUCCCCUGCGCGAAGUCCGCGCUGCUUCCCCCGCACGCCCAGGAUCCUGGCCUGGGGGGAACCUGUGGUGCUGGUGCUGCUGGCCCUACUGGGCCUGACGCUGAGCCUGGUGCUGGGGGCCCUGGGGCUCUUCCUGCAGCACCGACACAGUCCACUGGUGCGAGCCUCAGGCGGACCUCGAGCUUGCUUCGGUCUGUCCUGCCUGGGCCUUGGCUGCCUUGGUGUCCUCCUGUUCCCAGGACGACCCAGCUCUGCCCGCUGCCUGGCCCAGCAGCCACUGCUGCAGCUCCCACUCACUGGCUGCCUGAGCACACUCUUCCUACAGGCCAUCCAGAUCUUCGCCGGGUCGGCGCUGCCACCGGGCUGGGCAGGGCCGCUGCAAGGCUGCCUGCAGCGAGCCUGGGCCUGGCUGGUGGUGCUGCUGGCGCUGCUGGUGCAGGUGGCACUGUGUGCUUGGUUUCUGGUGGCCUUCCCGCCGCAGGUGGUGGCCGAUGGGCAGGUGCUGCCCUCGGAGAUGCUGCUGCAGUGCCACCAGCACUCCUGGCUGGCCUUCGGCCUGGUGCAUGCGCCCAGCAAUGUGCUGGCUGCCCUCUGCUUCCUGAGCACUUUCCUGGUGAGGAGCCAACCCGACAGCCAUACCGGGGCGCGCAGUCUCACCUUCGCGGCGCUGGCCUACCUGCUCACCUGGACUUCCUACGUACCCCUCUCUGCCAACGUGCACGUGAACUACCAGCCAGCUGUGGAGAUGGGCGCCACCCUCCUCUCAGCCCUGGGCAUCCUGGCCACCUUCCACCUGCCCCUGUGCUACAUGCUGCUCCGGCAGCUGCAUGGCAACACCCCCGCCCUCUUCCCGGGGGAGGGGCCCUGCCAGGAGGGUGAAGUGCCUGGGCAGGCCCAGCACCCGCAGUCCUGA